UUGGACACGAGGCUCGGCUAGAAUUUCGUCUCAUUGUCUGCACUCAAUUGUCCAAUAGAGCAAAAGAAAGGAAGGAACAGAGAAGAAGUGUGAGAGAUAGAGAUGAGUCAUCAUCUUCUUCACAUGAACCUUGCAACUCUCUCUUCUUCUGCUUCUUUCAAAUCUUCUAAUCCACUGUUUCCAUGCUACAAUCACCAAAUUUCCCCCAAUUCUUUUCAAUUGCUUUCUUAUUCUAAAUCCUCAGGCCACAAAAUCUCUUGGACCCAAAAGCUGCCCAGAAUUGCUACUACCAGUAUCAAGUGCUCUGCUAAGAUUGAAAAUGCAAAUACUAGUCAAGGCUCUGCAGCUGUGAAAGAGAAGAGUGUUUCGGUGAUUCUGUUGGCUGGAGGGAAGGGCAAAAGAAUGGGUGCAAGCAUGCCAAAGCAAUAUCUACCCCUGCUAGGCCAGCCAAUUGCUUUAUACAGUUUCUACACAUUCUCAAAAUUGAUUGAAGUGAAAGAAAUUGUUGUAGUAUGUGAUCCAUCCUACCAAGACAUUUUUGAAGAUACCAAAGAAAAUAUCAGUGUAGACCUCAAAUUUGCACUGCCUGGGAAGGAAAGACAAGAUUCUGUAUACAGUGGCCUUCAGGAAGUUGAUUUGAACUCUGAGCUCGUUUGUGUCCAUGAUUCAGCUAGACCUUUGGUGACAUCUGCAGACGUAAAAAAGGUCCUCGAAGAUGGUUGGAUAAAUGGAGCAGCUGUACUUGGUGUUCCUGCUAAAGCUACAAUUAAGGAGGCAAACAGCGAAUCUUUUGUAGUGAGAACUCUUGACCGCAAAACCCUUUGGGAAAUGCAAACUCCACAGGUGAUUAAGCCUGAUUUGCUUAAAAAAGGCUUUGAGCUUGUGAACAGAGAUGGCCUUGAAGUCACUGAUGAUGUAUCUAUUGUGGAGCACCUUAAGCAUCCCGUAUACAUUACCGAAGGAUCUUACACGAACAUCAAGGUCACAACUCCGGAUGAUUUGUUACUCGCUGAGAGAAUUUUGAACUUGAAUUCUGAGGAAUCUUCAAAAGAAUAUCUUGCAGUGAUAUUCUAUAAAGCUCACCUUCAAAAACAGAUUAAAGAGCAAGGGAGCUAGCGCAGCCAUGUUUUUUUUAAGAGAAAAAUAAGAAAUAAUUAUUUCUGCUUUGUAAGAUUCUGAAACAAAAUGAAUGAAAUCCAAAGAAAUUUUUGCA